GGUCCUAGUCGCCGUCACCUGAGCUGCUGGUCCUGGGCCCUGGUCUGGCCAUGGCUCUGCGACCCUCUCUCCUGACUCUCCGUGGGCUGCUGCUCCUGCAGCUGCUGCUUCUUGGUGGAGCGAAGGCCGAGCUCGGAACCGAGAGUCCGGUCCGGACCCUCCAAGUGGAGACCCUGGUGGAGCCCCCCGAACCGUGCGUGGAACCCGCAGCUUUUGGAGACACGCUCCACAUACACUACACGGGCAGCUUGGUAGAUGGACGCAUUAUUGACACCUCUCUGUCCAGGGACCCUCUGAUUAUAGAACUUGGCCAGAAGCAGGUGAUUCCAGGUCUGGAGCAGAGCCUUCUAGACAUGUGUGUGGGAGAGAAGCGAAGAGCAGUCAUCCCUGCUAGCUUGGCUUAUGGAAAACGAGGAUAUCCACCAUCUGUCCCAGCGGAUGCAGUGGUGCAGUAUGAUGUGGAGCUGGUUGCACUGAUCCGAGCCAACUACUGGCAAAAGCUGGUGAAGGGUGUUUUGCCUAUGGUAGGCAUGGCUAUGGUGCCAGCCCUCCUGGGCCUCAUUGGUUAUCACUUGUACCAAAAGGCCAGUAAACCCAAAGUCUCCAAAAAGAAGCUCAAAGAAGAGAAACGAAACAAGAGUAAAAAGAAAUAAAUAGUAAUUUUGAA